GGUUGGUGGAGGAAAUCCAAGAACAAGACUACAACAAUCCAGACAUCUCAAGCUCUAGAAAAGUCGUGUACAGUCUACGCAGGCAUCCUAGAUAUAUGCCCCUGUACCUCCUUGACGCUUCGAGGUAGGGGCCGUAUCAUCGACCUCCUUCAAUCACCGAGCACACCACUGCAGACUCGAUAUGGUCUGUCCUCACCAAAACCUGAUAUCUACCAUCAUACGCAGGAAUCAUAUCGUCUUCAGAUUCUGUGGACUAUGUCAUACUAUGAUCGUCAAAAGCAUUAGACAAUGUUCCGCAACUCAAUACGUCUAUUCUACCAUACGAAAUCUAGGAGGGCGAGAAUGGUGUGCAGACAUGUUUUGGCUAGACCACUGUCGUCUUACCUUACUGGCAACCGAUUUUCGGACAACAGGCAGUUCUGGUCACGGUCACAGGAAUGUCGAAGGAGGAUGCAGGGUGUUCAUGGUGACUGGGAAAGGGAUUACUGCCUGGACCACUUGCCACAGAAGGCCCGCGCGGCACUCUAUGAGGACACGGCAAGUGUUGAUAUGACUCUAGCCCAGUUGACAGCAGGGCUUCCUGAGCUGGAAGAGCGUAUUGCAGCUGCAUAAGAAUGAUACUAUAGUCAAUAUUGCCCACAAUCUCUCACUAUAACUACCUACCUU